ACACAUAUAUAUAUAUAAUAUAUAUAUAUAUAUAAUAUAUAUAUUCUUCUCCAAUUGCUUGAGCAACAGAAUCGAAGAAUCGAUGAUCGUACCCUCCGCAAAGAACUCUUUGUCACUAUAAACACACUCCACCGUGGAAAGACAAAAAGAGCUAUCCAGAGAAGCAAAGUCAGAGAAAAUUGAGCAGCGAUAUCGAAUUAAUGAGGAAUGGAACUCUAUGGCUCUGCUAUCAAUAUUUGUUUUUCAUUCUGAUCGGAUGUCUAUUACUGGUAGAAAGAGUAGGGGGUGAUGCAAGAGCUCAGACAAUCAAAAUUAUGUGUGGGAACCAACAUGAGCAUAACACAACACUCUUCGUUCCAAACUUUGUAGCUACAAUGGAAAAUAUCAGUCAACAUAUGCGUAAUUCUGGUUUUGGAGUAGCAGUUACAGGUACAGGACCUGAUGCAAACUAUGGCCUUGGACAAUGCUACGGCGAUCUCACCUCACUGGACUGUGUUUUAUGCUAUGCUGAGGCAAGGACAAUUCUUCCCCAAUGCUACCCGAAUAGUUCAGGUCGCAUUUUCCUUGAUGGCUGCUUCGUGAGAUCCGAGAACUAUAGCUUCUAUGAGGAAUAUAAGGGGAAUGAAGACAUGGCUGUAUGUGGCAAUACAACAAGGAAGAAUUCGACAUUUGCAGCCUCAGCAAGGCAGGCUGUGAUGCAAGCGGCUGCAGCUGCACCCAACAAUGAAGGCUAUGCACGUGUUGAACUGGCAGUUUCUGGGACUGCCAAUGAAUCCACUUAUGUGCUUGCUGAUUGCUGGAAGACAUUGAAUGCCAGCGCUUGCCAGGCUUGCUUGCAGAAUGCUUCCACAUUGGUGACGGGAUGCUUGCCAUGGUCAGAAGGACGUGCGCUAAACACUGGGUGCUUCAUGAGGUACUCAGAUCACAAUUUCCUCAACAGAGUACCUGAAACUGGAAGGUCAAGGGUGACCGUUAUAAUAAUAGUGGUUUCAGUUGUGAGUUCCCUCGUGGUUUUGGCAGUUGGAGUAAUUGUGGGAGUUUAUAUUUGGAAACGCAGAUACGUACAAAAGAAAAGAAGAGGUUAUGAUGCAAGAAGGCUGGUGAAAACCCUUCAUGACAGUAGCUUGAACUUCAAGUACUCAACGUUGGAGAAGGCUACGGGUUCUUUUGACGAUGCAAACAAGAUGGGUCAAGGAGGAUUUGGAACAGUUUAUAAGGGAGUUCUACCUGAUGGAAGAGAGAUUGCUGUCAAGAGGCUUUUCUUUAACAACAGACAUAGAGCAGCAGAUUUCUACAAUGAAGUCAACAUAAUAAGUGGUGUGGAACACAAAAAUUUGGUUAGGUUAUUGGGAUGCAGUUGUUCUGGUCCUGAAAGCCUACUUGUCUAUGAAUAUCUGCCCAACAAAAGUCUUGAUCGUUUCAUCUUUGAUCAAAACAAAGGUAGAGUACUGAACUGGGGAAAGAGACUUGAGGUUAUUAUAGGGACUGCAGAAGGUUUAGUUUACCUUCAUGAGAACUCCAAGAUCAGGAUCAUUCACAGAGAUAUAAAAGCCAGUAAUAUUUUGCUGGAUUCCAGACUCCGCGCUAAAAUUGCUGAUUUUGGAUUGGCAAGGUCUUUCGAGGAGGAUAAGAGUCAUAUCAGCACGGCCAUUGCAGGAACACUCGGAUAUAUGGCUCCAGAGUAUCUAGCCCAUGGACAGCUAACAGAAAAGGCAGAUGUCUACAGCUUCGGGGUGCUUUUAUUGGAGAUUCUUACUGGAAGGCAGAACAACAGGAGUAAGACCUCAGAAUACACAGAAAGCCUUAUCACACUAACAUGGAAGCAUUUUCAAGCCGGGACUGUGGAGGAACUUUAUGACCCCAAUCUAAUGCUGCUCAAUUACCAUGAUAGCAAUGUUAAGAUGGAAAUUUUCAGAGUGGUGCAAAUUGGACUUCUAUGCACACAAGAAAUUCCAUCGUUGCGGCCAACAAUGUCAAAGGCGUUACAGAUGCUAACGACGGAGGAAAUACUUCCUGCGCCGACUAGUCCCCCGUUUAUGGAUGAAAGGACCAUGGAGCUUAACGAUACGUGUGAAGAUUCACGCUACCCUCUUAAUGCUGAUGGCUCUGCGUCAGUUGCCUCUGUGUCUCAUAGUUCCUUCUAUCCCAGAUGAUCAUUUUAAGAGGCCGUAAAAACAUAGUGUUGCAGAAGAAGAAAUGGCCAAUGUUGAGGACAACUAAAGGUGCCCAUGUGUCGAGGUGUAAUUAGUUUGUCUCGAUCACAUUGUCUGAUAUUGCAGUUAUGGUGAUUUUGGGUAAACUGUGGGAAAGAUGUAGAAUGUAUUGAGUGUUCCUUCCAUAUACAUAUUACUGAGAAAAGUUAUAAAAGAUCUUCAAACUUCAUUAGUA